GGCCAUUCUCUUUUAUGCAGCUUAUUGUUUUAGACCAAUGCUAGUCUACGGUUUGAAAGCCGACGACAACCUAGAACAAAGCAGAAAAAUACAAAAUGCCAACAAUGACUACUUUCAAUACCUCCAAGGUAUUGAAGGUAAACCAAAAAGGGACUAUCCUGCUUAUUCCUACAUUCCUAGGACAUCUUUUAGCUGUAGAGGCAUCAAAUCUGGAUAUUAUGCUGAUCUAGAGACUGAAUGUCAGGUAUUUCACAUAUGCGAAGAUGGAAGAAAAAUCUCGUUCUUAUGUCCCAAUGGUACCAUAUUCCAACAAAAAGAGCUUAUAUGUGAAUGGUGGAACAAAGUAAAUUGUACCAACUCACCUAAUCUCUAUGAGGAAAGUGCUGAAAAGCUUCAGAAUGACAUUGCUAGAAGGAAAGCUUCAAGAAAAAAUGAUUCUUUAAAUGUUGAAUUUAACCAUGGAGCUGUUAUGAGAACUGAAGAACGUGUCUCAACCAGAAGCAGAUACAACCGACCAAGUCAAACGAAGAAUACCAACAGAAUACCUAACAAUAACGACAUAGAACAACACAUUGAACAAGCAGAAUCAAAUAACAGGCACCUAGCAAAACUUCUAAAUCCAAACAAACCAAAAGAUAUUGAACAAGAAACUGGGAAUUUUGGAACUAACAACAAUUAUGACACGGAACAGAAUAGACAGAUUAAGAAAAUAGAUGUUAAUUCAAAAAAUGAUUUUAGUUUUGGUGAAAAAAUUGAUAAUUCUGGUACAUCUUUCAGAGGAAGUACUAAGUACACAACGAAAAACAAAGAAGAAAGAGUUACGGAAGAAAGAAAUUCUUUUAGCACCCAAAGAACUAAGAUUUAUAACCAUAAUUAUUUUAGUACAAGUGAAGAUACAUCAGAAAAUGGAUCAAAUAAUAAUAAGCCUAAAACACAACAAAAUACAAACUUCGGAAAAAAUAAUUUCAAUUCAAAUGUAAAUUCUGGUGUACCAAAUAACGUAAAUCAUUAUUCUUCUACCAGAAGUCCUGCUGAUUCUUCAUAUUCAAGAAAUGUUGAAACUUCCAAUAACAACUAUCUUUCUCCUACUUCCACAGAGUCGUCAAACCCAAAUAUUGUCUCUACCUAUCAUACAGCAUCUUCAUCUACCUACAAACCCCAAUAUCAACAAAAUUAUGGUUCUUCUAAGGCUCCAAAUUACGAAGUUCCUCCUUCAACACAUCGAUCAGUAGUAUCUACACCCAGAAGUGUGAAUCAAGCUUCAUAUAAUUCUUUCCAAAAUCAAAUACCUGUAAAAAUAAUAAAUGACGAAACCGCACAAAGAAAAAAUUUUGAAACUGAAUCAAACAACAGUCAGGAACUUGAGACACAAGUCCCUGAAGAAUCUUCAUCUUUCGUUAAAAAUUCGUUUAACAGCAUCAGAGAUGGUACCUAUAAAACAUCUUCUGGUAUAUCCAAUCAUCGAAGUACAUACUCUGAUGUAAAAGACCUUAGUUUUCUUGAAGCACCUAAGGUUUCUGCAAUAUCCUCUAUUACGCCACAUCUAGUCACUACCCAGCCGAUUAACAGCGGUAAACCUUUCGUCGGUAGUAGAAUUGGGACAACUUUACUACCAAACCAACCUACAACUCAGUCAAAAUACACUUAUUUACCCAAAAACGACAACAAGGACUUGUUUAAUCUUGGCAGUACUGAUAAAACCCUUCCUCCCAUUUACACUACUACAGCAUUAACAAAUCCUAUUCCAACAGAACCCUUUAAUCUCGGAAACACCGAUAGCACCCUUUCAACGAAUGUACCUCUUAAUUAUCACACGACAACUUAUAAACCUUUGGAUUUACCAGUACCUGAACAAGGAUCUUUUAACACUGGACUACGUGAACCCGUGUAUGAACCACCUUUUAUCAAGAAAACGGUACCGCUUCUGUACCAAUCUAACUCAACUGAAGCACCAUCAAAUCAAGCUACGGUAUAUGGUACUUUCGUUUCCACCAACACGCCUUAUAGUCCUACAGUACCCACUGUAACACCAAGUAAUUCUUUUUAUCCUAGUACCAAUCAAGGAAUACCUAUAAGGUUUGAGAAAGGACAGGAUAAGGUAUCAGUGCAGUUGUCAAAGAAUGUUUUUGGUGAGAGACAGCCGAUUAAAACUAGUGGUGAUGAGUAUGUGAGAUUUAAUACUCAAGUGAGGGUUAGAGGAGAUGGUAGUAGUACUACUCCAGCUAGUAGUACUCAACAGAAUGGGUUCUUUAUUACUAGGGAUUAUAAUAGUGGUUUUAAUUCUCCUAUUCAGAGGGCAAAGGCGUUUCAGAAGAGUAAUGAUUUUAUCCAAGAUAUAAAUAAAAUUAAUCUAAACCAAAACCAGAAAACAAAACCUGUAUUUCCAUCGUAUGAAAUCUCAAGUCCAAGACCUUUUGGUACCCAACAAGGACCCACAGACCCUACUCCAUACAUCACAACUGGAUCACCACCAACUUCAAGAAACGUCUACGAUAACUUAGACAACAUGAUUGGAGUCCUUCAGGAAAUUGCUUCUUACAACACUGCCCAAAACAACGAAGUACCAUCCAGAAGUGGCUUGGUGAUUCCCCCAAGCGUUGGACCGCAAACUCUUCAUUCUCUCGCACAGUACUUUGCUAAUGAAGUUGGUGAAAACGAAGCUGAAUUGGAAGGGGAUGCCAAGGAGAGACUGACAGGAUUGUUGACAGCUAUGACAGUUCAUGGGUACAACAACUUAUUUAAUUCUGAAUCUACUUCUACAACUACAUCUCCAACAACAUCAAGUGCUUCUACUACAAUCCUAACAGAUUCAAGAAUUGGAAAUGAGAAUAGUCAAACAAAUACUGCACAAGUAACUGAGCCUACUAAUGUCAAUGAAAAUGACUUACUGUCAACCACCGCUUUGCCAGAGUUACGUCAAUUGGCACGUAAUUUCUCUUUGGCAUUGUCCAGUUAUUUGAACAAUCCAGAGAAUUUCAGAAAAACUUUGGAAAGCUUUAGGCCUACAGAACCACCCCCAUUAGAAGGUACAGAUAUACCAGAUACUAUAUCUAAUGCUGACGAAGAAAUACUCAAUUUCUCCGACCAGGACAUCAAACCAAGCACUUCAACUUUUGCACCCUCACCAACAUGGGGCUUCAUUGUCGCUUCCGGUGGUGACAAAUCCGUAUCGGAAGAAGUGAAGAACUCUCUGAAUCCUGAUCUGAACACUGCAGACUCUCAGUCUUUUGUACCUCGGUUCAAUGCUGUUAAUGUUGCCGAGAAACAACCACAGAGUCGUAGUAGUUUCACUGAUU